AUGGCCGAUCCUAAAAUCGAUAUACAAAACCUACUUCAAACGGGGUCCUUCCCCACCGGCCGGACCCGUACGAGUGAAAGGGGUAACUCGAGCGAGUCCCUCGAACGAACUUCCCGCUCCUAUGGCGGUUCGAAUGGUCAAGACAUUGACGAUGCCUCAUUUCAACCGACGAAACCAGAGCCCCCGUUCGAUACUUUACCCCGCCCCCGCCACCCUCCGUGGAAGACGUCGAAGAUUCCCACGGAGAAUACUCCCACGAAAAGCCAAGUUCAAGGGGAUAUCGACCAACAUCCCGUCAUUCUCGAGAACGAGGACUAUCAGUACGCCCACAACCCUGAGCAGCGCUUCGUCUUGGUCACCGAUCCUACCGCACCCGCCGCAAACGAGCCCGUGGUCAAUGAUCGCAAGAACACCGAGCCCGUCGAGCAGCGCUUCGUGCUAGGGUCGACCGGCCAAGAGGGAUCCUGUCGAGGCGAAAAGACGGACCCCGGGGUAAAGGAGAAGGCGACUGGAGGGGUUCCUGCUGCGGCUGCGGCCGCCGCAGCGGUUGCUGCUGCAUCGAAGCUCAGCCCCUCGUCAAGCUCCAAAGACGCAAAGCCAAGCGCCGCAAACCGACGAAAGAGCCCACAUGACCUUCCCCGACUCGACACCGAAGGUGCCGACGGCCGCGAAUCCAGACGCCGGCCUCGACAUAUGCGGAGCCGGUCCUCAACAUCUGCCUACGAUGACUACCGCUCCUACGAGCCCCAGUCUCCCACUCACGGCGGAAGGCCGGCACAAGAUGAUUUCCUCUCACCCGAGGUCAUCAAACACGGCCCCCGAAAUCGGGAGCAAGUCUACCACCCUAGCGGUAGCCGUCCGCAACCGGCCAAGCAAAAGGAGCGUUUUACCGAGGAGCGGCCCGACGGUCCUUCGUUUAACCGCGGUCCACGUUCAAUCAGCCCCGGCCCUAAACGCUCCCGGCCCGGUUCGGAGCUUCCGUCAAAACAUACGUCACGACGAUCAAGCAGGGGCUCUCCUCCCCGUCCAGAGACGCUGCGAGUGUCCGAUGCCCCCUCCUCGCGUCGCAAUCCCCGGAAGACUGUUGUAGUCCAUGAUGAGCGUGCCUCUACGGGCAACCUCCUCGCGCCGUCGUCAUCCAGGCACAUGACCGGCUCCCGCUCGCGCUCGAAAUCCACCACGGCCGGGGCCGCAAGUCCGAACCUCUACGCCGACUCCACAUCCCACCCUGGGCCCCGCAUGAACUUCCACGGCGGGGGCUAUUGGGACCCGCGGCCGCGGCCCCGCGAUACCCAGGGCUUCCCGCCCGGUCCUAUCCAGAUUACCGGUCCUUCGGGUCCCCGUGAACCCUUGGACUCGAGCCGAAGCAGAUAUGCGCGGUCCGAAUGGCAGCACUCUCCACCGAGAAAUCAGACGCAGGCUAGUUCCUCCAAUCCUUUUAUGCCGAGCAGCUCCCGCCCAGGCCCAGCCCCAGCGCAGUCUAUAGUGGACGUUAGUGUCCGUGAAUACUUUGACGACCCUCGCCGCCACGGCCUCCUGCCUUACCGACUUGUCCUAGGCAAGAGCCCCAUGGGCACCUCAUUAUGGUAUCCCAUCGCCUGGUUCUUCACGAUGAAGGACCGGCUUCCCGACGUGCGAUUGCUCACCGGCAUCGCGACCACGACUCGCGCGACCACCGAGGCUGGUCAGGAGUGUCCCGGUUCGCAGCGAGGGGCUCGCGUCUGGAAUACCAUCAAGGAUCCGAUCACGCGCCGCGCCAUACCCAACUUCAACGUGUGCUACGAGUGCACCAUGAUUAUUGAGUUCUUGCUACCCAAUCUGCGCGGCAUUCUCGUUUUGCCCGACUCCACCAGCCAAACCUCCACCGCGCAGUGUUCCAUGCAUCCUUCGCCGGAUCGCCAAGUACCCGUUCUCUACUUUGACGCCCUCGAGCAUGCCUCGGACACCGCUAUCACGACCGGAGGGGCACCCAAGCUUGCCCAGCUCGCCGAAGACAUCAGUGCCGUGUCGUCUCGGGUGGUUCGAAGAGGCCCUAGCUGCACGCGAGACAACCCUAUGCAGAAUCAAAGGUGGUACAUCAUGGACAUGCUGCCCGAGCUUACCGUGUGCAACGAGUGUUUUGAGGAUUUCGUGUACCCGCGCCUAAGCGAGAGCCCUAGCCUGACGGAGCAGUUUUCCAUGUACCUCCAGCGCCUGCCGGUCGGAACGUGCCAGCUGUAUUCGGAUCGCAUGCGGAUACUUUUCGACGAGACGUGUCGCCGCAGGGAUACCCGUUUGCUGGAGGAUGCGGUGAUUGAGCGCAAGAACAGGGAAGUGGAGGUUCAAGCUAAGCUGAAUCACCUAAGAUCGCAGCCACAGGGUGACCCCUGGGUUGAUGAGGCAACUAAGAAGCUCGAAAUGAUGUGGAAGAGGUGGGAGUAA